UUUUCUGAGUUGGUUGCGCUCAGCUCUUGUGGCGAAUUGCAUCAGUGGCGAUGGAGCGAUGCUACUCCUUAUUGUUCUGCUUGUUUUACCUCAUUAAGCUGUCCUUCCAGCCCUGCUUUCAUGGGAAUUUCGCAAUUAGGCUCGGAAGUUUCUGAAUCAUGCAAGCCGACGUCAUUUUCUUCUCGUGACUUGAUUGGCGACAUUUGUUUCAAGGCUUUGCAUCAUCCAAGGACUGCCUCUUUGGGCUUGUUAAAUGAGCGCAUUAUUAUGCUUUCUGGAUGUGGGACUCGGGGAAGUGUCUUGACUGCUUCUGGCAAAUUAGCCACUUGGAUGGACGAUAGUCUAACGAAUCUCUUGGCAACCGCAGCCUCUACAAAUAGUAACAAAGAUCAGCACAAUAAUUUAUGUAUCCUAACUGCCAGAUUUGAACAUCCAGCCACCAAUUUCCAGGAACUCCGAGAUGAACGUAUUGUAGCUCUUUUCACGGCCCCCUUGGUUACUGUUGCUAGGUGCCUUUCAGGAAGUAUAUAUUGGUGGGGAAUUUAUCCUUCGUAUAUGCGACAGAGAGCCAUUGAACGCCUGAGACAAUAUAAAUCAGCUAGUGCCAUAGGCUCAAGUUCAGCCGGACCUGCUUCGAAGGUUUUAACCUCAAGUAAUACCAAAGCCUCUUUUCCUGCUGAUGGAGGACAAACAUGUGGCAAAUCUGCGUUAUCAUCUGUUAAUGUCGGUCCCGGUGCUCUUGUUUGUAUGAAAAGCGCACCGAUAUUCCACGCUGGUGCCCUUGGCUUUGCUGUCGUCAAUGGUGUCCCCAAGGUGGGCACACUGCUAGAGGAUGCCUGGAAGUUAACUGAUGUUUGCCGUUUCCGUGUGCGCGUUCCUAACUCGACGAAUAUCAAUUCCAGUGAAUCAAAGAUAUGUAUAGAUGAUAAUAUUAAUACUGGUUCAUCUAUCACUACCUCUGGGCAACGCCUGAUGAUGGGAACGCCGAAUCCACUCGACCCAGCCCAGCACACGCUUACUUGCCCACACGCGCUCGUUGCUCUCUCAGUUGCUGCAGCCGCUGCCGUGGGGCAGCAUGUGCAUGCUAAUCCUGUAUCCCCUGCCUCUAUUGGGCUGGAACAUGGUUCUUCGACCUUGGCGGUGACCUCAGCUCAAGUUGGGGCUGCUCCUUCCAGUCUACCUGAGAUGCCUCCUCCACCAUCCCCAGCUUCUUCUACUUGUAGUGAACAAUCUGGACCUGUUCGUGUCAGCCCUGGCACAUUCAGUAAGUCCCUUUUCAGAUUCCCGAAGAUUUUAUCUUCAGCCUGGUUAUUAUAG